AUGUCAAGGUUUCUGGAUAUAUCAGAGGAGGAAAGAGAGAGAAGGCGGUUAGCAUUAAUGCAAAAAUACAAUAUUACCAUUCGGCCUCUUCCUCCAAUUACACCCCCGCCACUUUCUGAAAGAAUUCUGGACCAAUACCACAGAAUAAUGUUUCUUAUGCCAAGGAUAAGUCUGUUUGAUGUGCUGUUUGUUUUUUUAGUGGUUUUAAUUAUAGCAAGACUAGUUGAUCUUGUAAUUAGUCUUAUACCAACUAUGAAAAAAGAGUGCACUGUAUUUCUUCAGAAAGAGCAGGCCCGCCUGUUCAUGUCUUAA